UGGAAGGAAACUAUAAGAAACGGGAUUUCUUUUGACUUAGAAUUUUAAAAGGAAAAAAAAAAUCAAGGCUUUAGUUACUCUUUUAAUCAGCAAAACAUGUGCUUUCCUAACUAAGCUGGGACUCUGUAUAAUAAAGGAUCUACUUUAUUUCGCUGGAUCCAUGCUACGUUUUACUACAGUAAGUAAAAUAUUAAUAGGAAUGUUAUUUUUUUCUGUAAAUAGAGAGGAAAGUAUGAAAUGGCAUCAGUGAAAUGUGAGGGGAGCAAAAAAAUCCUCUUGGCAGAUAGUGAAAACCAGAGCUUCUGUGCAACCUGAGGACUGGAAUCUGAGGAAGACUGAAGUGAUAUUUAACAUGACCAUCUGUACUGUUUUGUCACCAACAGUAUGUUCCUGAAGAAGAAGUGCAGAUAUGGAUCACGUAAGCUGCAGUUUCUUUUGUUGUUUCUGAUGCUGGGUUUUUUGCUACUGAUGGUUACAAUGCUGAAUCCACCACCCAGCAAUCAGAGCAAGGAAGGGACUUUCCAGCCUGUGGAGUUCAACCCCCGGGAAGGGUAUCAGAUGGACUUUGCGGAGACCCAAGAGAUGCUGGAGACCCAGGAGGAGAGCCAGCAGUAUUACCCUUUGGAUGGUCUGUCGCCUUUCAUCUCCCUGCGGGAGGACGAGCUGAUCGUGGCCGUCGUGUCGCCCACCGGCAAAAGGAACCACAGCAAGGCCAGGAAGGGCUAUCGCGUCGUGAAGCAGCAGAGCAGGCGGUCGGAGGGGGACCCCGAGUCGCUGCCGCUGUCCCUUCCCCUGCAGGCUGGGGAAGGGGCUGCCCCGGGGGAGCGGCCGCCCGGCCUGGAGACCCACGGCUUUAACGAGGUGCUCAGCGAGCGGAUCGCGCUGCGCAGGGACCUGCCUGAGGUACGACACCCGUUGUGCCUACAGCAAAAGUAUGAGUCCAGUCUGCCUACUGCAAGUGUCAUCAUCUGUUUCCAUGACGAAGCCUGGUCUACUCUGCUGAGAACCGUGCACAGCAUUAUGGACACAGCCCCAAAGGCCUCCCUCAAGGAUAUCAUCCUGGUUGAUGACCUCAGCCAGCAAGGGCCCCUGAAGUCAGCUCUGAGUGAAUACAUCUCUAAGCUGGAUGGUGUGAAGCUCAUCCGGAGCAACAAGAGGCUUGGAGUCAUCCGGGGUCGGAUGCUCGGAGCUGCACGGGCAACCGGCGACGUGCUCAUCUUCAUGGAUUCGCACUGCGAGUGUCAGAAGGGCUGGCUGGAGCCCCUCCUGGCCAGGCUGGCCAGCAACCGAAACAGUGUCAUCUCCCCUGUCAUAGACGUCAUAGACUGGAAGACUUUUCAGUACUAUCACUCUGUGGGCCUGCAUCGAGGUGUUUUUGAUUGGAAAUUAGAUUUUCAUUGGGAACCGGUGCCAGAGCAUGAAGAGAAGGUACGACAGUCUCCCAUCAGCCCUAUCAGGAGUCCUGUGGUAGCUGGUGCAGUGGUGGCCAUGGAUCGGCAUUACUUCCAAAACACCGGAGCUUAUGAUUCUGACAUGACCAUGUGGGGAGCAGAAAAUCUGGAGCUGUCUAUAAGGACUUGGCUCUGUGGUGGCUCUGUAGAAAUUAUUCCAUGCUCCCGAGUCGGGCACGUCUAUCGACAUCACAUUCCCCAUGCUUUCGCCUAUGAAGAGGCCAUCGUGAGGAACAAAAUCCGGAUAGCAGAGACCUGGCUGGGCCCGUUUAAAGAGAACUUCUACAAGCAUGACACAGUGGCUUUCUUAAUCAGCAAGGCCGAGAAGCCAGACUGCACCGAGCGCCUCCAGCUACAGAAGAGACUCGGCUGUAGGAAUUUCCAGUGGUUUGUAUCAAAUGUGUACCCUGAACUUUCCCCACCUGGAGACACACCAAGAUUCUCUGGCAAGCUUUACAAUACUGGUGUUGGCUUCUGUGCAGAUUACAGACCUGGAAGAGCCACUGCAGAAAGCUCCAUCAAACUCUCACCUUGCAGUGACAGUCUCACCCAGCACUUUGAAUAUACCAGCAUGAAGGAAAUCCGGCUUGGUUCUGCUCCGCUCUUUUGCUUUGAUGCCAGACAUGGGAAGGUUAUCCCUCAAAACUGUACAAAGGAGACAGACAACAGCCACCAGCACUGGGAUGUCCAGGAGAAUGGAAUGAUUGUCCACGUCCUUUCUGGCAAAUGCAUAGAGGCAGCAAAGAGUGAAGAUGAGAAGGACUUGUUUUUGUCUGCAUGUAACAAGAACGCAAAUCAGGCAUGGCAAUUUGAACGUUCCCAUGGGCUACAUCAGAGAUGACUGACAGGUCUCUGUGGAGGUCAAGUCUCCCAAAAUUUAACAUUACUUCUGCUUGGGAUUUAAGAUGCAUUUCCUGCAUGGACAAGAAAGAUGUUGGUGUUUGUUGUAGCAUGCGGGGAAGUUAGGAAGGUCUCUCAUCCAAAAGCCUGGCUCCCGAUUUACUCAACUCUAGCUAAAAUUUCUAUUUAUUCUGCGAAGCAGAGAAUAAAGAGACUGUGAGCACCAACAGAUUCUCAAUUCUACUAUUGCAGAAGACAGUUAAGUUUGCCCUUUGAAGGAAAUGUGGAAAAUUGGCUUCCAGACUGCUUGUCUUCAGCAUAUUCUGUGACUUCUGAAUACAGGAAAAUGAAUGUUUGUGAGACUUUUGAAACUGUAAGAGGAAGCCAGGCAAGCCAGGAUAAGAGUUUAGCCUUCUUUAACAAUGCACUCGACUCAUAUAAAAAAAAGUAAGUUUUACAUGUAUAAAAGUAGUAAAUGUUUCCACAUGUAAUAGCAAAAACUUUGUUUUCCAACUAGCCUGAGCCAAAUUUCUACCCUCUAUGAGAUUACACAGAGAAUAAAUUAGCACUUAAUUAGGCACUAAUCGACUUGGAAUACUAACAGUCCUCAGAGUUUGGCACACCCUUCCUUAAAUCCUUAGUCCACAAUCUAAUUUGGACGGGAGAAUGAGACUGAAAUAUUAACAACUUUUUGUUUUGUUUUAAUGACAUUUAAGAACAACUCUUCAGGAAACUUUUGUGGUAGAAAGAAGGGUAACAGCUUAGCUCUGCUUAUUUGCAAAUAGAAAGAAUUGGUGGCAUCCAUUUGCUCUUGGAAAGCCAUGGGCUGAGCUUAUUGUAAUUAUUACAGUAACAAAAGUGCUGGCUGAAAACAGCAAGUGAAGGGAAACAGCAGGUUUUAACAGGAAGAAAAUAUUGGUGCUUGCUUCUAUUUGCUUGCAGCCUGAGUUAAGUAUUUCACACUGUGAGUUUUAGCCAAGAAGGUAUUGUAGAUUCUUGCUGUCAUGGCUCUCCAGGCUGAUCCUCAAAAGACCAAAUUUCCCAGAGCAACAUCUUCUGCAGAGCCUGCACUGCUGCUGACCUGCUGUCUUUUGAAGGAGUGAAUGAGAGUUGAGGUUAGGUAACAAGAAUGGUCUCAUACAGUAUGCAAUAGCCAAGCAAACUUCUACUUUAGUCUUUUGUUAGGGUACUUUCAAUUUUGGAGCUAGAAUCAGUAACAAUGACACUUUUCAAGAGCCAGCUAAGACAGAAGAACAAAGAUUUGGGAGUCUUCCCACAUCAGCAGCACACCCAAUUUACAGUAUAAAUCAGUCAUGAUCCCAUGUAUUUAUUAAAGGGGGUGGGCAUCAUUAAUGAAACUUAGUUAGGUUUCGAGAUUUUUUUCAAGAGGGAAAAUUGUAGUUUGUUUGUUGUUUUUUUUAAUGUACAGCACGUUGUUUAGAGAAAGGAAGGAAUAAGAGAAUAUUCUGCUCAGAGCCUUCCAGUCACCUGCUCUUGGUAAAUCAUAAUAAACUGGUAUUGAGCAUAUCAAAUUGGUUACAACAGAAGACACAAACAUCAUGUUUGGAGUAUUGUCCAACAUAUUUCCCAGCAUCUAGUUCCCUGUCUACUUCAAGUGCUACAAAUUCCACAUUAUGUUCAGGCAUCAUUUCAAUCAUCCCAGUUAUUACUCCUGCUUUCUUUGACAGCACCAGAAUCUAACACUAUUUCUGCUGUGUCAUUUAAAAUUUCCUGAGAUAUUGCUGAAAAUGCUUUGACUCUCAGCUGAGAAGAUGGUGGCAACCUCUUCCAGAACAAGUGACCCCUGACCAUUGCCCAAAUUUAGGGUGAGAAAAGAGAAUUUUUAAAAUUGCAUAAAAGCUGAGUAAAAUGCU